GGGACGGGAAAUGGUGAAGGGGGGGAGGGACAUAACUGGAAGUCUGAGAAAUCGAUGUUGAUGCCAUCAGGUUGGAGGCUACCUGCCGACAGUGGAGGUGGCCACGGAUGGACAUACUGGAAUUAAAAUGGGUGGUCAUUGGGAGAUCACGCUUGUUCUGGUGGACGGAUGCUCGGUGAAGUGGUCCUUCAGAAUAUUGAUGUGAUAGUAGUCGGUACUUUGUGGUGUUGGAGUGUUGAUGUGAUGGUACAGGUGGGUACUUUGUGGUGUUGGAGUGUUGACAUGAUAGUAGUUGGUACUUUGUGGUGUUGGAGUGUUGAUGUGAUGAUACAGGUGGGUACUUUGUGGUGUUGGAGUGUUGAUGUGAUGAUACAGGUGGGUACUUUGUGGUGUUGGAGUGUUGAUGUGAUGAUACAGGUGGGUACUUUGUGGUGUUGGAGUGUUGACAUGAUAGUAGUUGGUACUUUGUGGUGUUGGAGUGUUGAUGUGAUGAUACAGGUGGGUACUUUGUGGUGUUGGAGUGUUGAUGUGAUAGUAGUCGGUACUUUGUGGUGUUGGAGUGUUGAUGUGAUGAUACAGGUCGGUACUUUGUGGUGUUGGAGUGUUGAUGUGAUGAUACAGGUCGGUACUUUGUGGUGUUGGAGUGUUGAUGUGAUGAUACAGGUCGGUACUUUGUGGUGUUGGAGUGUUGAUGUGAUGAUACAGGUCGGUACUUUGUGGUGUUGGAGUGUUGAUGUGGAGAUACUGGUGGGUACUUUGUGGUGUUGGAGUGUUGACAUGAUAGUAGUCGGUACUUUGUGGUGUUGGAGUGUUGAUGUGAUGAUACAGGUGGGUACUUUGUGGUGUUGGAGUGUUGAUGUGAUAGUAGUUGGUACUUUGUGGUGUUGGAGUGUUGAUGUGAUGAUACAGGUGGGUACUUUGUGGUGUUGGAGUGUUGAUGUGAUAGUAGUCGGUACUUUGUGGUGUUGGAGUGUUGAUGUGAUGAUACAGGUGGGUACUUUGUGGUGUUGGAGUGUUGAUGUGAUAGUAGUUGGUACUUUGUGGUGUUGGAGUGUUGAUGUGAUGAUACAGGUGGGUACUUUGUGGUGUUGGAGUGUUGAUGUGAUAGUAGUAGGUACUUUGUGGUGUUGGAGUGUUGAUGUGAUGAUACAGGUGGGUAUUUUGUGGUGUUGGAGUGUUGAUGUGAUAGUAGUAGCCUCUAGUCACAGCAUCAUCCAGCAUUCAUCAUUCCUCUUCAGUGCCUUCAUCUUCCGGCAAGAUGGCAGCUCGACUGGUCACAGCGGCUUCUACGGGGUCAACAAAAAGUGCUACCGUUCUACCUAA